AUGGCUUCAAUGAUUACCAAACCAUCUCACCUACGUUCUAUCCUAGCAAGGACUGGCAAAUGUUUAGCUGUGAAUUGGACAAAGACAUCAUUUGGAUCAGAAAGAAGGUAGCUGUAUGGACCUUGCUUCUUAUACUAAUAUGAUAUCUUGUUUGGUUGGUAGCUAGCUAGCGAUGUGUCACAGUUAUUUGACACACAGCUAGCUAAUUAGCUACACAUCAGUGGAGCCAUUACAAUGAGUCAGUCCUCCAAUAGCUCCUCCCAUCAGCCUCCUCUGCUUCACAUGUAGUACUAGUCACACAGGUAGUGGAAGAGAAUGGGAUGAAUAAGAAACACACCUGAAAUUAUUGUAGAUGACAGCUAGCUAUGCUAGCCAAUAAUGUUGCCUACAGACAGACAGCUGAAAUUAUCUUGCCUGCAGUGAUUGCCAAGCUAGCAUAAAGCUCUUGAUUAUCUUUUUCUCCUGGAAAGUUAUGCCUCCAAAACUGAUGGAGAAAGCAGGAUCCCCAAAAUAUACACCAAAACUGGUGAUAAAGGUGAAUAUGCAAGCAAGUCAUUGCACAUCAUAUGGUCAUUUCAACGAAGAACGCUUUGCUUAUCAUCUUCCUGUCAUUGCCAAAGGUUUCUCUAGCACUUACACUGGAGAGAGAAGACCCAAGGAAGAUCAUGUGUUUGAAGCAUUGGGAACAACAGAUGAAUUGUCAUCAGCAAUAGGGUAAUGUGAUGUCCAUUCCAUCUAUUAGGUAUAAUGCUUUGUUUCCCCUGACUGAAUUUAUUAACUGUCUUGUGUUGUCUUCUACAGCUUGGCCAGAGAGUUUUGUAUCGACAAAGGCCAUACAUUCACAGAUCAGCUAGACAAGGUCUGAGUUUGAACUUUUUCAUUUCUUUUUGGGAGAGUAAUGAUAAACAUGUUAUCUUUUACUCAAUGUUUACCCUUCUGAUCCCACAGAUUCAGUGUGUAUUACAAGAUGUGGGAUCCAACAUUGCCACACCUCGGUCAUCUGCAAGAGAAAUUCAUAUUAGUAAAUGGCUUUCUGUAAAUCAUUUUGAAGAAUCAUUCCACACAGCUUACCCCAGUCAGUGGUCUUCUCAUUCUCCUUAUACUCUCUCUCACUCUUGCCAACAGAGAAAACAAAGUUCAGUUCCCAACCAGUGGCAGACCUGGAAAUCUGGAUUGAUGAGUUCACAGAGAAGCUACCACCACUGACAAACUUCAUAUUACCUGUAAGCACUCACCCACUGGAUGAACCUUUUAGAAAACUGAACUUUUAUUUAUAAUGUGAUGUGGAAUUUUGAGAAAGGCUUACAGUUUCAUAUUCCAAAUACAUGAGCUAACAAUACUUUCAAGGUAAAACAGCAUGAGGCAGAUGAGGUACUGUAAUUGUAUAUGUGAAUCCAUGUGUAAAGCAACUCAAUGCAUGUGUAUGGACUUGUACUACAGUGCAUUCGGAAAGUAUUCAGACCCCUUGACUUUUUCCACAUUGUUACGUUACAGCCUUAUUCUAAAAUGGAUUAAAUUAUUAUUUUCCCUCAUCAAUCUACACGCAAAACCCCAUAAUGACAAAGCAAAAACAGUUUUUUAGAAAUUUUGGCAAAUGUAUAAAAAACUAAAGACGGAAAUAACACAUUUACAUAAGUAUUCAGACCCUUUACUCAGUACUUUGUUGAAGCACCUUUGGCAGCGAUUACAGCCUUGAGUCUUCUUUGGUAUGACACAAAGCUUGGCACACCUGUAUUUGGGGAGUUUCUCCCAUUCUUCUUUGCAGAUCCUCUCAAGCUCAUCUGUCAGGUUGGAUGGGGAGCGUCGCUGCGCAACUAUUUUUAGGUCUCUCCAAAGAUGUUAGUUAGGGUUCAAGUCUGGGCUCUGGCUGGGCCACUCAAGGACAUUCAGAGACUUGUCCCGAAGCCAGUCCUGCGUUGUCUUGGUUGUGUGCUUAGGGUCGUUGUCCUGUUGCAAUGUGAACCUUCGCCCCAGUCUGAGGUCCUGAGCGCUCUGGAGUAGGUUUUCAUCAAGGAUUACUCUGUACUUUGCUCCGUUCAUCUUUCCCUCUCCUGACUAGUCUUCCAGUCCGUGCCACUGAAAAACAUCCCCACAGCAUGAUGCUGCCACCACCAUGCUUCACCGUAGGGAUGAUGCCAGGUUUCCUCCAGACGUGACGCUUGGCAUUCAGGCCAAAGAGUUAAAUCUUGGUUUCAUCAGACCAGAUAAUCUUGUUUCUCAUGGUCUGAGUCCUUUAGGUGUCUUUUGGCAAACUCCAAGCGGGCUGUCAUGUGCCUUUUACUGAGGAGUGGCUUCCGUCUGGCCACACUACCAUAAAGGCCUGAUUGGUGGCAUGCUGCAGAGAUGGUUGUCCUUCUGGAAGGUUCUUCCAUCUCCACAGAGGAACUCUGGAGCUCUGUCAGAGUGACCAUUGGGUUCUUGGUCACCUCCCUGACCAAGGCCCUUCUCCCCCGAUUGCUCAGUUUGGCCUGGCGGCCAGCUCUAGGAAGAGUCUUGGUGGUUCCAAACUUCUUCCAUUUAAGAAUGACGGAGGCCAUUGUGUUCUUGGGGACCUUCAAUGCUGUAGAAAUGUUUUUGUACCCUUCCCCAGAUCUGUGCCUCAACAUAAUCCUGUCUCGGAGCUCUACAGACAAUUACUUAGACCUCAUGACUUAUGCUUUGAGAUGCACUGUCAACUGUGGGACCUUAUAUACAGUGGGGAGAACAAGUAUUUGAUACACUGCCGAUUUUGCAGGUUUUCCUACUUACAAAGCAUGUAGAGGUCUGUAAUUUUUGUCAUAGGUACACUUCAACUGUGAGAGACGGAAUCUAAAACGAAAAUCACAUUGUAUGAUUUUUAAGUAAUUCAUUUGCAUUUUAUUACAUGACAUAAGUAUUUGAUCACCUACCAACCAGUAAGAAUUCCGGCUCUCACAGACCUGUUAGUUUUUCUUUUAGAAGCCCUCCUGUUCUCCACUCAUUACCUGUAUUAACUGCACCUGUUUGAACUCGUUACCUGUAUAAAAGACACCUGUCCACACACUCAAUCAAACAGACUCCAAUCUCUCCACAAUGGCCAAGACCAGAGAGCUGUGUAAGGACAUCAGGGAUAAAAUUGUAGACCUGCACAAGGCUGGGAUGGGCUACAGGACAAUAGGCAAGCAGCUUGGUGAGAAGGCAACAACUGUUGGAGCAAUUAUUAGAAAAUGGAAGAAGUUCAAGAUGACGGUCAAUCACCCUCGGUCUGGGGCUCCAUGCAAGAUCUCACCUCGUGGGGCAUCAAUGAUCAUGAGGAAGGUGAGGGAUCAGCCCAGAACUACACGGCAGGACCUUGUCAAUGACCUGAAGAGAGCUGGGACCACAGUCUCAAAGAAAACCAUUAGUAACACACUACGCCGUCAUGGAUUAAAAUCCUGCAGCGCACGCAAGGUCCCCCUGCUCAAGCCAGCACAUGUCCAGGCCCGUCUGAAGUUUGCCAAUGACCAUCUGGAUGAUCCAGAGGAGGAAUGGGAGAAGGUCAUGUGGUCUGAUGAGACAAAAAUAUAGCUUUUUGGUCUAAACUCCACUCGCCGUGUUUGGAGGAAGAAGAAGGAUGAGUACAACCCCAAGAACACCAUCCCAACCGUGAAGCAUGGAGGUGGAAACAUCAUUCUUUGGGGAUGCUUUUCUGCAAAGGGGACAGGACGACUGCACCGUAUUGAGGGGAGGAUGGAUGGGGCCAUGUAUCGCGAGAUCUUGGCCAACAACCUCCUUCCCUCAGUAAGAGCAUUGAAGAUGGGUCGUGGCUUGGUCUUCCAGCAUGACAAUGACCCGAAACACACAGCCAGGGCAACUAAGGAGUGGCUCCGUAAGAAGCAUCUCAAGGUCCUGGAGUGGCCUAGCCAGUCUCCAGACCUGAACCCAAUAGAAAAUCUUUGGAGGGAGCUGAAAGUCCGUAUUGUCCAGCGACAACCCCGAAACCUGAAGGAUCUGGAGAAGGUCUGUAUGGAGGAGUGGGCCAAAAUCCCUGCUGCAGUGUGUGCAAACCUGGUCAAGACCUACAGGAAACAUAUGAUCUCUGUAAUUGCAAACAAAGGUUUCUGUACCAAAUAUUAAGUUCUGCUUUUCUGAUGUAUCAAAUAGUUAUGUCAUGCAAUAAAAUGCAAAUUAAUUACUUAAAAAUCAUACAAUGUGAUUUUCUGGAUUUUUAGAUUCCGUCUCUCACAGUUGAAGAGUACCUAUAAUAAAAAUGACAGACCUCUACAUGCUUUGUAAGUAGGAAAACCUGCAAAAUCGGCAGUGUAUCAAAUACUUGUUCUCCCCACUGUAGACAGGUGUGUGCCUUUCCAAAUCAUGUUCAAUCAAUUGGGUUUACCACAGGUGGACUCCAAUCAAGUUGUAGAAACAUCUCAAGGAUGAUCAAUGGAAACAGGAUGCACCUGAGCUCAAUUUCGAGUCUCAUAGCAAAGGGUCUCAACACUUAUGUAAAUAAGGUAUUCGUUUUUUGAUUUUAAUACAUUUGCAAACAUUUCGAAAAACUGUUUUUUGCUUUGUCAUUAUGGAGUAUUGUGUAUAGAUGGAUGAGGGAAACAAUUUAAUCAAUUUUAGAAUAAGGCUGCAACGUAACAAAAUGUGGAAAAAGCCAAGGGGUCUGAAUACUUUCCGAAUGCACUGUAUGUAGUGGUGUUAUUUAUAAGGUCCCUUUGUGGGUGAAGACAUUGUCUAUGCAUAUUGGUUUUAUCUUAACUUCUCUGUCUGGUUACAUAGUCUGGAGGAAAGAGCAGUGCGGCCCUCCACAUAGCACGGACAGUGUGUCGCCGAGCAGAACGCAGGUCAGUUCCAACGAAUCAUAAGGUUGUUUAGACCCACCACGGUAAAACAUUGUGAUCCUGAACAUAGCCACAGAAACAGCCAUAUUAGCCAUAACACUUGUCUUAUGUUUCCAGCGUUUCCCCUAUUGUACGGUCAGGUGAGGCCGAUCCUGAUGUUGCCAAAUAUUUGAACAGGUAUGUUCCUUGUAUAAAUGUGCAGAUGUAUUAUCAUGCGUUUUUAAGAAAGGAGUGUACUCUUGCUGAUAAACAUUUACCUCACGUCUUCCCAUAGAUUGAGCGACUACCUGUUCACAGUGGCCAGAUACACAGCCAUGAAAGAAGGCAACGAGGAGACAAUCUACAAAAGACCUGAGUGA